CGCGAGUUGCGAGACUCCAUUAUUGACAGAUCUCAUCUUCUCUUUGGCUUGACUGCUUCUUUCUUUUACCUUCCCCGCGAUUCAAACCAUGAGCUGGAUUCGUAGACUCGACCUCAUCGAUCCCUACUACACCACCUGUUCUCCUCCUCCUCUCGUCGUCCGAGAAACCUCCAUUGUCAAACCUUCAUCCUCAUUCUUUCCUUCCUUCAUCCACCACGACGACGACGAUGUCGAAGAAGAUCUGGCUUUCCCUUUCGCACUCUCACCACCUGAUCUAUUCGAGGAUCUGGUCCAGAUCGAGAAAUCUCCUUCCUCUUGCAAGUACCAGCUGGUUCGCCGCAGGGUGGUGGAGGAGUAUCCUCUGCAGUAUCUCUGCCACCGAGUCUCCGAGCUGGAAACCAAGUUCGACCGUUUGGUCGGAGGAGAACGCGGUGGCGAUUCCGACAGGAAGUAUAAACUGACGAAGGAGUUCAAGGGAUCUGGAGAGAGAAAGUACAAAUGGGAGGCCGAGGUUCAAGAGAGGAAGUACAAGUGGGAAGCUGAGUUUGAUGGUCCUGCUGGGGACAGGAAGUACACGUGGACGACCGAGAUUAAAGGCGGGAAUAAGAAGAAGAAGGAUGUAGCUGUUCUGAAGAAGGCCAAAGCUGAUGCUGAGGCUGCUGAGGAGAAGAAGAAGAAGGCAAUGGCGAUGGCGGCGAAGAAGAAGAAGAAGAGUUACAGUUGGACGACGGAGUUGAAGUCAGAGAGGGAGAACGGAGAGAUGCAGCACACUUACACCAUCAAAGCUUCAACUGGAGGAGCCGAGAAGAAGGAGAAGGUGAAGAAGAUCAAGAAGAAGGAGAAGCCACGCGUUGUAGUGAUUGAGGAGGAUGAAGAAGUAGAAGAAGAAGAUGACUCGGAGGAACAUAGAGCUAUCCUUCUCAGGAAGGCGUAUUCACGAAGAAGUGGAGCAGUUAGGAGCAAGAAAGGGAAGAACAAGGAAAUGCCACCUGAAUACGCGGCUGCGAUGAUCCAGAGGGCUUUCAGAGCCUAUCUGAUUCGCCGCUCAAAGGCGUUACGUGCUCUUCGUGAUCUAGCUAUCGCAAAGACCAAACUCAAGGAGUUGAGAGCUUCUUUCCACAACUUCAACUACCGUCGCGUGAUCUCUCGUGAUGCAGAGGAGCGUCAGAAGUUCUCUGAGAAGAUUAUCGUCCUCCUCCUCACUGUUGAUGCCAUUGAGGGAGUUGAUGUGAUGGUUAGAGGAGCAAAGAGAUCGAUGGUGGAUGAGCUGGAAGCAAUGUUGGAGGUUGUAGACCCGCAGCCGCAGGGGAAGUCACUGUCGAUGAGGAGAAGAACAUUCGAUAUGCCAGACAGUUUGAUCCGCAAUGAAAUCGCAGAGGGAGUGACUCAGAUUGUGCAAAUGCUUGAAACUGAAGAAGAGUGAUGAUCUAUGGAACCCUAUGUAUGUGCACGUGUGGUGUGAUUCAGAGGCUGUUUUGUUGUUGUCUUCGAAAUAAUUAAUUAAGCUUUCUUUUGUUUUCUUAGUGUCUUGACGAAUGUUUCUUAGUUAUUAUUAUGGUGAGAAGAAAAUAAUAAUGGGAGUGUGUCUGUUUUAUCAGGACCUUCUGAUAUAUUCUCUCGUGUGACUUUUUUAGUGUGUUGUGUUUUAUCAGUAGUUCAUGUUGUGUUUCCAAACUUGCAUACUCUUGUUUCUCAAAUUGCUUAUGUUUUGA